UCACUGUUCUCAAUCACUUCUCAAAAGUUGUCGGACUCUUCACUCUGCUAAUUUGCUCUUCUCUCUCUGAUCAACAAUCAAUGGCGGUGGUUCCAGUGAAGCUACUCGUUGCACUCCUCUUCUCCAUGUGUAUUCUCCUGCCUCUGUCUUCAGCUAAAUCCACCGACUUCCAGUAUUGCAAUAAGAAGGCCAACUAUGCUGUGAAGGUCAGUGGAGUAGAUAUAACUCCUUAUCCUGUUAAAGGAGGUAAAGAGACCACUUUCAGCAUUGCUGCAACUACAGAUGAAAAUAUCAGUGGUGGAAAGUUGGUGAUUGACGUCAAGUAUUUAUUCCUACACGUCCACCAAGAGUCCCAUGACAUCUGUAAAGAGACUUCUUGCCCAGUUUAUGGUGAUUUUGUGAUUUCUCACUCCCAAGCUUUACCUGGAAUUACUCCUCCCGGCUCAUAUACUCUUACGAUGAAAAUAGUGGAUGGAGGCGAUCAAGAAUUGUCAUGCAUAACCUUUGGCUUCAGUAUUAGUUUAGUUGCAGUAGCAGUAGCAGAUAGUUAAGUAGUUGUCACUACGAACCAUGAAACCAGGUGUGCAUUUAUGCUCUACGAAUAAUGUAAAUAAGUCUACUUUUCAAAAGUUUGUCCCUGUUGGUUUCAGGUGUAGAAACCUUGCUUUAUAUGAAGUCUUAUCUCAGUUUCUCUUUAGUAGAUUAAGUACUUUAAUGCCA